CAAACAAUCUGAAACGAUUCACGCUAUUAUCGUACGGUGGUGUGUGUGUAGGUGGUACUUUCACUUUCUCAACUUUUUUGCGGAUGAAUUUUCUUUGUCUCUGUGGGUCAAAUGAUUUAUCGAUAAUGUCGAAAUGCACAGAAGGAGAAUACAGGGAUUUUUUGUGAAAUGAAUGACAGGUAUUUGUUGUAUAUCUGGGAAUGCAGAGGGCUCAAUGAUACCCUAAAAAAAGACAUUGUCAAAAAAAAAUUAAUAAUAAUUCUUACAAAAAUAAUUAUUUCCGUUGAACAUGACUCGCGAAACUCUAACGAAUAUCCUUGAUCCUAAUGAUGGGUCAACCGUGCCAAUUGGCCAAUGGAAGCAGUUGAACCCGAUAUACUCAUUUUAACAUCGCCUAUGACUGAUAAAUCAACAUCACAAUGCCGAGCCAAUCAAGGAAUAAUCUAGUGAAAAAUUUCGAAAAUCUGAGAGUACAAAUUAGUGGUAUUAUCUAAUCGGUAUAAAAGCCCGAAAAAUCAGCGAGAAUUUUGAGGUGAAGGGGAGGAAUAGAGGAGGUGAGGCUUCAAGACCACGAGGCAGGCGGUGAGGUGGUGAGGUCUGUAUUUCGCGCAAGCGCGCACCGUAUGCUAUACCCUGACGCGGUCAACUCACUCGCGCAUCGCACUGCACGCCAUACACAACCACCACGUUCUUUUCAUCGCCACGCGUGACCACGCGGUCAAGUCCUAACCGAAGAGUCAAAUAACCAUUAGCAUUAGCAUUGGUACCGCCAAUGGAUCGAAUUAUCAUAAAACUCGUUGAUAGAAAAUACUGAUAAAAUAAAGUGCAAAGUGCGUGAUUAUUUUUUGUUGUACAACAGACUGAAAGAGAAUUAUCGAUAGAUUGAGUACUUUAAGUGGAGUUCAAUGAUUUGUCAGUGUUCCAGAAGAGACUUUGAGUGAGAAUGAACACAUGUUUUGAAUUAAGUGAUAAUAAUUGAUGUGUUAUGUCAGUUGUGGAGAGGUACUUGAGCUUGGACUAGGAUUUUCGUGGACCAUUGGAAAUAAUUUACAAAUUAAUUGAUAGAACUGUCUGAUUAAUCACGGGGUAUGAUAGACAGACGAGUGGAAGAUUGGUGUGUUCAAGCAAUGACUGUACAAGAAUUUAAACCCCGUGGGGCUGGAGAUGGACAACAGCCGGUUGGUGAUAUUCUCUCACCACCUGAGUCACUCGAUAAUGACAAGGAAGCUUCCAAUUAUCGUGAAGUUUUUCUACCCCAGGACAGCGAGCACCUUCUUGGUCGAGUUUUAGCCGAAUUCGAUGGUACGACAGUUCUCUGUCGUGUGUGCGGGGACAAGGCCUCGGGUUUUCACUAUGGUGUUCACUCCUGCGAAGGAUGCAAGGGAUUUUUCCGAAGGAGCAUUCAGCAAAAAAUUCAAUAUCGUCCCUGUACCAAGAAUCAACAGUGCAGUAUUCUCCGGAUCAACAGAAAUCGCUGCCAGUACUGCCGUCUCAAGAAGUGCAUCGCUGUUGGCAUGAGUCGUGAUGCGGUUCGAUUCGGCCGUGUGCCAAAACGUGAAAAAGCAAGAAUUUUGGCGGCAAUGCAGCAGAGCUCUCACAGUCGUUCACAGGAGAAGGCUGUUGCCGCUGAAUUGGAGGAUGAACAGCGUCUUCUCCAGACCGUUGUUCGUGCUCACCUUGAUACAUGCGAUUUUACGAGAGACAAGGUGGCUCCAGUACUCGCAAGGGCGCGAGAGACACCUAAUUACACAGCGUGUCCACCAACCUUGGCAUGCCCACUGAAUCCCAAUCCCCAGCCAUUAACUGGCCAACAGGAAUUACUACAAGACUUCUCGAAGAGAUUUUCACCUGCAAUAAGAGGUGUCGUUGAAUUUGCCAAACGCAUACCUGGUUUUAACCUGCUGGCACAGGAUGAUCAGGUGACUCUCCUAAAAGCCGGUGUCUUUGAGGUACUACUUGUUCGUCUUGCCUGUAUGUUUGACGGCCAAACAAACAGUAUGAUAUGUCUCAAUGGCCAAGUGUUGAAGAGGGAUUCAAUUCACAACAGUAAUGCACGCUUUCUCAUGGAUUCGAUGUUCGAUUUUGCUGAACGUGUUAAUUCCCUUCGGCUAUCGGACGCCGAACUCGGUUUAUUCUGCUCAGUCGUUGUUAUAGCAGCUGACAGGCCCGGUCUACGUAACACUGAUCUCGUUGAACGUAUGCACAAUAAACUGCGUAGUGCCCUACAGUCAGUACUAGCUCAAAAUCAUCCGCAGCAUCCAGAUAUACUGCGCGAAUUGCUCAAGAAAAUACCAGAUCUCAGGACAUUGAAUACCCUUCAUUCGGAAAAAUUACUUGCAUUCAAGAUGACAGAGCAGCAGCAACAGUUGCAGGCACAACAGACACAGCAGCAGGCGCAACAGCAACAGCAGAGCCAAAACACCAAUGUACAUCAGCAGUGGCCAAUGGAGGAGGAGCCGGCAGCCUCAUGGGGUUCAGCAUCGGACGUAACUCUGGACGAAGCGGUGAAGAGCCCUUUGGGAAGUGUAUCAAGUACAGAAAGCACCUGCAGUGGAGAGGUUGCAUCACUAACGGAGUAUCAUCAUGCUCCUGGUCAUCACGCAUCUACAGCACCCCUCCUCGCGGCAACACUGGCCGGUGGUCUUUGCCCCCACAGACGUCGCGCCAACUCCGGCAGUACGAGUUCAGGUGAUGACGAGCAUCAUCGUGCGACAAUGUCAAAAACCCCUCAGCCCCAGGCGCAGUGUCCGCGAUUCCGUAAACUGGAUUCACCGAGUGACAGUGGAAUUGAAUCGGGAACUGAAAAACCGGACAAACCAGCUAGCAGCAGUGCGAGCAGUGCACCAACCUCGGUAUGCUCAAGUCCAAGAUCCGAGGAUAAAGAGGUUGAGGAUAUGCCUGUAUUGAAGAGAGUGCUACAAGCGCCGCCACUUUACGACACAAAUUCCUUGAUGGAUGAGGCUUACAAGCCACACAAAAAGUUCCGGGCGCUUCGACAUAAGGACAGUGCUGAAGCUGAGCCAGUAAUUGUUCAGCAACAGUCGCAGUUACAUCUUCAUCUAACCUCACCACCAACGAGAAGUCCAACGACACAGGCGCAGAGUGCGAGUUUACUCAGCAGUACGCACUCGACACUAGCCAAGAGUUUGAUGGAAGGCCCAAGGAUGACUGCUGAACAGCUCAAACGCACUGAUAUCAUUCACAAUUAUAUAAUGCGGGGUGAGGCUAGUCCAAGAUCACCAGCACCAUCACCAUCACCAGCGGAGCAAUGCGCCUCAACAACAACUCUCAGUGCCCGAUCGCCUCAAACGUCACAGGGACUUCUCCAGUGUGCGACAACUGGCUAUUCGAGAUGGCCAGCAACGUCCGUUAUCACCACGACAACCGGAGCCAGACAGCAACAGUCUUCCGGCUCUGGGUACAUCGUUGUCAACAAUUCACCAGCAUCACCGAGGUAUUUAUCAGUUGCUGCGUCAAGUACAAGUAGUACGAGUCCAAGGCCAACGUCUAGUACAGCUGCGACACUUGUUUUAUCAGGUUGCCCAAGUAAUAUGAUGGAGUUGCAAGUCGAUAUUGCUGAUAGUCAACAACCCCUUAAUCUUUCGAAAAAAUCACCGUCCCCAUCGCCGAGGCCAUUCGUUGGACCAUGUAAAGCUCUCUCACUCGAGGCGUAGUGCUGUUAUGAGAACUUUAAUCGAGAUAAUUCUAGCCCACCUUAAACGAAAUUUAUUUUAUCAAGCUAUUUCUUGGGAUCUCUCGUUCCCAAUCAGUGGAAUCAAUGUUGAAAAUGCAAUUUUUUUUUCUCGUCGAGUUUAACUAAAAGUGCCAGGACGCUCUGAGCGCGUGACAAACCAAAUAAUUUAUUAUUUAAAGGAGAUAUCGUAGGAGGAACUUGAAUUUAAUGGGGGAGAGAGGGGUGGUAUCAUGUGUUUACUGUGAAGUAUCGUGUGACACUAAUUCACCACCCUCGUAAACCCCUGUCUCUAUUUAUGAAUGAAUAGUGCUAAAAAAUUAUUUCAAAUAGAUUCAAAGUGCGACUACACUCGUGUAUAAAUAAAUGAAAAAAAAAGGGUAAAGAUGGAGUUAUAGGCGCUUUUGAGUGAUCGCAUUCAAUGCAAUGCCGUGAAAUUUUAUCUGAGAUAACAUCUAUCUUAUUUACCUAUCUACCUGUCUAACUGAUGUCGUUACAUGGGUAAAAAGAAAUAUUAAAAAACACAAAAUAUAGUGGUUAGCGUGCGGAAAUAUGUGGAUUUUCAAGUCAUGAAGAAAUGAAAAUUAAUUGAUAAAGACAAAAAACAAGAUUGAAUGUUACAGAAAAAAAAAUUAAUAAUCUAUUACAUGUGAUAAUCACGGAUAUCGCGCAUCCUGUACAGUCUCCACCUCAUUCAUCAAUCAUUUACUCUAUUAUUAUUAUUAUUAUUAUUAUUAUUAUUAUUAUUAUUGAACAUUAAAUAAAUAAAUAAAUAAGUAAUAUUAUUGUAAUAAAUUUAAGGGUACAACAAUGUAAUCAAUCGUAAACGUUAUCAUCCCGUAUGUAUGUAUAUUCCAUAGGGACACGUAAAAAAAGAAUAAUUUCUUUUCUUUUAGUCUCACGUGGAGGAAGCGAUAAGUGUGCUUGUAACUGCGUGUAUAUGUCGGCAUGAGUGAAGUGAGUGAGUCGGGGCAAUCCAAUAAAAAUUGUAGCGAAUGUGGAACUAAUGAUAAGUUAUGAAAAAAUAAAAUAAAAACAUGGAAGAAAUAUAUUUGACGCAAAAAUGAAAUGAAUAAAAAAUUCAUUAAAUGAGGAAAAAAAGAACCUUGUCAAGAAUUAUAAUUGAAAGAAGUGACGAUUUGAUGAUUUUAAGGAGUUUUGUUAUGAGACUGAUCGGUCCCUGGGGCCUCCAGUUUGCAAUUACUGUACCUUUAUACCAUGUGUCGUAUAUGUAAUGGAGGAGAGAUAUGAAAUGAUGCAAAAACAAAUAAAUAUACAAACAAGUAAUUAAUCUCUAAAUACGUCGUGUAGAUGAUUUAGGGCUUUAGUUUUAUUGGAACACGGAAAUGAUAUCUUAAAUGAGAGGGGAAAAAAAACAUACAACAAUUGUGUCGGAAAAUUAUUUCGUGUGGAUGACGGAAGUGCGAACCCUGGAUGGAUCGAUGAGGCACUUGUAAAUAAUAAAUAUUAAGACGAAAAACUUAAAUUUAUUAGUAGGCGUGAAUGGAAGACAAAUUUUUUCGAAAAACCAAAUUUGAGAAAAAUAGUGAAUACAAAAAUAUCUGAAAAAAAAAAAUACCAACACAAACGAUCAAGCAACAAUCGCCAUUUUGGCUGUUCCUUCCGUGCACCCUCUAGCCCCUUCCCCUCGACCCCGCGAAAAGAAUUAAUUGCCAUCGUAAAUCAACACACAAUUGCAGAACAAAACCCGAAGGAAAGAUAAUAUCGUGUUUAUUAUCUUUGCUAAAAUAUGAUUAAUUAUUGUACCACGGAGUCAUUCCCACAAAAGCACAUGAUCUGUCCUUCUCUUCCCUUUUCCGAUCCCCUGCGUAAAAAGUAAACUAAUCAGCUGAUUGAAUAAAUCCAACGACAAAAAAAUUCCGAAAUUAUCAGUUGAUUUUUCAGUUUAUCUUUCGUCUUACGAAUUAUCAGCAAUAUAUUUUUUUUUAUUCCCGUCAAUUUCUCAUCAGCAAAAAUGCCUGAGUUCAUUAGGCAGCUGAAUCUAGAAAACCGCACUCUGAAUGAAUUAAACAAAGUAAUAAAUAAAAAAAAGAUGGAAAAUGAAACAAACAAAUCCCCCCGCCCCCUAGCAUUGAUAUUCGUAAUACUGUUAUGCAUAAACUACACAUAAUUAUUAUAGUAAACGAUACAUAAAGUAUGAUAUAUUUCUCUAUCCAUUAAGACGGAAAAUACAAAAAAAAUGCAGUUUGUUGUUUCUGGUGAACAAAAAAUAAGGAUGAAAAAUAAAGUAAAAAAAAAAAAUGAAAUAAAAGUACUACGCAUGAAUACAAAGCAGCCCCGCAUAUUGCCCAGUGAGCACGUCAUUUUGUACGCUUGGGAGUUGUGAGGUCGUCUGAAUAAACAUUGUCUGGUGAAUUAUACAUAAAAAA